GACCCAUGCAGGAACAUAUUUAUAAUAUGAAUCAACAUAUGCUCAAUAGUGACUGGCUUUAUGUGAAAAGCAGUGACCAGUGGAGUUCAAACGGGUCUGUUGUGAGAUAGUAACUCACUGAUGACAAUGGUGGAUGUGUCGCUCAAUUUCGUGGAUUGGUUGAAGUUAGACAUUAACAUCGUUGGGUGCCGACCGGUUGAGUGGUCUAGAGGUUAAGUGUUCACGUGAGAGACUGAAAGUUCUAAGUUCGAAUCUCGUGAGGCGGGAUCGUGAUUGCGCACUGCCGCUGAGGAAUCCCACAAUAGAACGAAACGGCCGUCCAGUGAUUCCAGGUUUUCCGUGGUGGUCUAGCUUCAACUGACUCAUGAUCUAAAAUAAUAGAAUUACUACAAUCUCCAAAAAACCCCUUAUGAUACUUAACCAUAGACAAUGAAACUGCAGAGUGAAUGAGGUAUGGACAAUCCUCACUAUAAUUAUAUAAGUCUCCAAUAGUAUUUUAGUCAAUCCACGAAAGGUUUUGGUUCAGUGGUGUCUCUGAGCAACAAUCACAUUAUUGGAAAGUUAUGAAAACCGAAAUGUACUUUAAUAACGAGUUGCUAUAGUCUGAAUAGGUUGUUUUAUUUUAUAUUUUUGUCUUAAAGAGACUUAAAACUUAAGAUCAAAGGUAAGAUGAAGAAUGAAUACAUUUAGGCAGUUGUCACCGAUUCUAUGCCAUGUUACUUACCGCUUCUAACUAGGUGGUCUAAACCUAACGAUAUAAGUCAGUCUUAUAUUUAAUCGCUUCAUGAACUGAUUACACAUCUUAAUUUGUCCAUCCUUGAUAGUCUUUCAAAAUCCCUUUAAAACAACCAAUGUCGCACUUCUUGAUAGUUAUAAAUAGGUAUAUUUGAUAAAUUUACCUAAAGAGAUACUCACCUAAAAUCUUAUACGAAACCGAACUAGCGGAACUUCAAGUUUCCUGAUGAGCCAAAGAAUCCUAAUCCAACAGACCAUGGUUACAAUUUCAAAUAAUUUAUGAUCACAUAUUUUGAUAGAGUUUUGUUCUUUGAGUUGGAUGAUUUAAUCUUCAUUUAGAAGACUUCUAUCUGAAGUUUGGUGCUGAUGAUAUCGUUCAAAAGAACAAUGAAAGUUCCACGACUAAACUAUCCAGCUCAAAGAACAAAACUUCAUCAAAAUCAUCCACCUCAGCUACAAAUCUUCUCCACUAUCUUAUGAUCAAAUGAACAUACUAUAGAUUUCAUCAGUUAACUAAUCAAGAACAUCAGUAUCUAGAUAAUUCAGAUUUGAUUGAUACAAAGACAAGGAUGGAUUAGAGAAGAUUUUCGCAUAGUUUAAGAUAGAUUGAUCAUUUUUAUGGGAAGCUACUUCAUCCAAUAGUCCAUUCGAAAUCAUUCAAAUCAUGUCACAAUUAUCGAUUCCUUUUUAUUUCUUUUUAAACACUGAAAAUCAUUUUGGACUUUGAUACUAUCGACGAUAGUCAGAACUAAGUACUUCAUUGAAUUAAUCAUAAAUAAUUUAACAGUUGAAUCCAUGAGACAAUUAAACCUAGACCACCAUAGAAAACCGGGAAUCACUUGACGGUCGUUUCAUCCUAGUAUGGAACUCCUAGGCAGUGCACAUCCACAAUCCCACUUGCGGGACUCGAGCUUCAUCUAAUGAAUCCAUAACUAUCAGAAGGGGGAUUUCGUGGAGAUUUUAAUAAUUCCAAUGAUUCAAUCCAUGAGUCAAUUGAAGAUAGAUCACUAUGGUAAACCUAAAAGCACUGGAACGGCCGUUUCGUCCUAGAAUGGGACUCCUCAUAAAUAAUUGUCAGACAUGUUGCCAAAAUAACAGACUAUUCAUACAUCUUUUCAGUUUAACUCUUAAUGACAUUUGGAUUAUUGUUGCUCUGGUAAAUUGAGCAUCUAUGACCAUUUAUUUUAAAUUAGAGCACAAGUCAAUCUUACUUGCUUACUUACUUACUCACCCACUUACAUACUUACAUACGCACUUACGCCUGAUACUCCUCGUCGAGGAGCAUAGACCACACACCAACACUCGCUAUACAACUCUGUCCCGAUCAAUUAUUUUCACUUAUUUCCACUCGCCGUUCAUCCUUUACAUGUCUGCUCCCAAUGCUCAACGCAAUGCGUUCUUCGGUCUUCCCCUUCUCCGUUUCCAUUCACGAUUUCAAGUUAGGGCUUGCCUCGUGAUGCAGUUUGAUAAUUUCCUCAAUGUAUGUCCUGUCCACUUGCAACGUCUUUUCAUAAUUUCCUCUUCAAAUGGAAUCUGGUUUAACCUCUUCCACAGUAGACUGUUGUUGAUGGUAUCCGGCAAAUGGUUGUUGAGUAUGUUGUGUAGACAAUUGUUCACAAAUACUUGUACCUUCUUGAUGAUGAUUGUAAUAGUUCUGGAAGUUUCAACUCCGUACAUUAGAACUGGCUGUUUUGACGUUCGUAUUGGAGAUUGUGACCUUGAUACUGGUUGAUAGACAGUAGUUUUGAGUUCCAUAUGUUCUUUAAUUCAGUUUAAUUAACGUUAUAUUUAUGUAUGCCUUUUUUAUACAUUAGAAUCAUAAAGAAAAAUUAAGUAGAAGGUUAUAUUAUCUUAAUAAAUAUACUGGACAAUCAAAUCAUGGUAUACCAUGUUUUGUUGAGAAAAGAUUAUUUCAUCGUUCAUGUCAGCGAAUUCGUACAGUUUGGGAAAAUAUCGACCUGACUAAUGCACAAACAAUACAUGCUCAACGAAAAUUUGUGGAACGAUUUAUAAACAAUUUAGAGACAAAAAUUUCCAAACUAAAGUCUACUGAUAAUGUAACAAAUAUUGAUGUUUUAAAAUAUUUAAAACAAAUACAUUUGGAAGCAAAACAUCAAUUACAAUCAAUUCAAAGUCAAUUAAUUGAUAAAAACCAUCCAUAUAAAUCAACAAUGAUCCAUGAAACUAUGACAACAAUAACUAAUAAUAUUGGAAUACCAUAUCCUCCACCGUUACCAAAUUUUACUACUACAGGUCAUCAUAUAAAAACACAUUCAGCAAUAAUAACUACCACUAACAACAGUACAACCAAACGAAAUAUGUCAAUAGGAGGAGGAGGAGGAAGAAUUGAAAGAAAUAACAAUGAAUUAAUUCCUCGAAGUAGAUCAUGCAAUCUGUUUCUAAGGAAUAAUAAUAAUAAUAUCAAUAAUAAUGGUAAUAAUAAAAACAAUAAACUUCUUGAAUUGCCUAAAAUUAUAGAGAAAAGAUCAGAAAACAAUAUUAUGUAUCAAUCUAGAAACAAUUCUAAUAUCCCUGAUGGUAUAAACAUAAAAGUUUAGUCUAUAUCUAUAUACAUAUAUCUAAUGACAUUCUUCUCAAUGAUAGGUAAAAGUGUAAUAAUAUCACCAUGGAGUUCUUUCUCCCCCCUUUUUUUUAUCUUGGUAACAUAUAAUGCUUCAAAGAAAUACAGAUCUAUAAAUGAAGAAUAUUCUUUUUUUAUUUUUGAUAAAUUCUCUUCAAUUUCUACAAUUCAUAUUAUUUAUAUUUAAUAAUCCAAAGAACUUUUCAGGUUUAAGGCAAAAUACAUCGUCUACGCAAUCAUAGUAUGUGAAUUUAAGGUUGUAAAAUAAAAUAAAAUAUAAUAGUUGGAUUCAUGAAUCAAUUAAAGUUAGAUCAUCAAGGGAAACCUGUAAACAUUAGAUGACCGCCUCGUCCAAUAUGGGACUCUUCAGGAGUGCAUAUCCACGAUCCUGUCUGCUGAACUCGAAACACAGGACCUAUCGGUAUCACACGCGAACGCUUAAUAUCUAGACCACUGAGAUAGCCGGUAUCCAACGGAGUUAAUGUCUAACUUCAACCAAUCCACGAAAUUACGUGAUACAUCUACUAUUGUGUUCAGUGAGUUACUAUCACACAACAGACCUGGUUGAACUCCACUGGUCACUGAUUCUCACUAGAACUCCAGGAAAUAUCUCUUGAAGACAGUCACUAGUGAGCAUAUUAUAAUGAGGGUUUUAUGAAUAUUAUAGUAAUUUAAUAGUUGGAAUCAUAAAUCAACUAAAGCUAAAUCACCAUAGAAAACCUGGAAGCAUUGGAUAACCGCUUCGUCCAUGAUCCUGACUGCUGAACUCGAAACACAGGACCUAUCGGUCUCGCGCGUGAACGCUUAACAUUUAGACCAUUGAGUUGGCAUUCAAUAGUGUUAAUGUCUAACUUCAACCAAUUCACGAAAUUGAGUUACCUUCCACAAUUGUCAUCGGUGAGUUACUAUCUCACAACAGACCUGGUUGAACUUCAUUGAUCACAGUUUCUUUUUAAAUUAUUUUUAAUCAUAUCACGUCCAGAAUAUCAAUUUCAGACUCCGCGAUAUGAAUCAUGUAUUUCAAAUGUAUUUGAUUUAUAUACAAGCCAAACAGACAACAUCACACCAUAAAAUAGAAACUAACAGUUGUACAAGAGAUCAAGCCAUAUGUUACUGUGACUAUGAGAGACUGUAACUAAUGAAUUGCAAAGAACUUGAGAAUAGUAAAUCGUAUAAUAGUAGUCCAUAAUGAAGGGAAUAUGAAUAUGAGAUGGUGGAGAAGAUUUGUAGCUCAAGUGGAUGAUUUUGAUGGAGUUUUGUUCUCUGAGCUGGAUGGUUUGGUCGUGGAGCUUUCAUCGUUCUUCUGAACGACAUCAUCA